UUCGUUCAAUUACUUGUGGGUCAAUGAAUUACCAUUAGGAGGGGUGAACAUGUUGUCGUGUUAAAUCGUAAAACGUGAACAACAUAGUUUGGAACUGCGUUAUAGGGUAUUUUAAUUUCUUUGAUAGUUUAGGAAACUGUAAUCGCAUUGCAUUAGGUUUGAGCUUAUUGACGCAUUUUGAGAAAUCUAAACUUUGUAUGUUAUAAAAAACACCCCCCCUUUAUAUGGACCCGUCCCAUAUGACGUCAUUUCCCAAAAUGGAGGGGAUAGAGUCAGCGGAACUAGAAGUACAGCAUACAAACUAUUUACGCAAACGUAUUGGUGACGUCCUGAGUCUUGACAAAUCCAGUAAACACUUAAAGUCAGAGCUAGAAAGCUUUUGCGAUGAGAAAAGAGAACGAAUACCCUUUCGUUUGGUCAAGAUUGUGUAUGAACACUUGAAUGAAGGAGGAGAAAAAAUUUACCUUCACGAGCUUUUGCAAGGUAGUGAAGUGAUCCUUCCAACAGUCAAGUUGCCACCAAGGAAUCCAGAACUUGAGGCACGGGUACUGAAGCUGAAAGCUGAACAGGCGAACCGAGACUACAGACAAAUGACCCGGAAUAUUGACAGACAGCAGUUUCAGGGUGGUCAGCUGGAUCUGAAUGUUGGACAGGAAGUGAAAGCGUUAAAUCGCCACCUGGUGGCUGUCUUCAACUUCCUGGUGACUGUGGGAGGAGCGUUUGCCUUCGGCUACAAGGCCUCGGAGUAUGCCUUCGGACCCAACUUCUUUCCCAUGCAAAUGAUGAUUGGGCUGAUAUUCGGGACAGUAGUGUUUUUCGCAGACCUGUACUUCCUGGUGAAGUAUUCUGCAGAGUGAGGGACAGGUUGUGAUGGCGCUUCUUGUAUAGAUAUAUAUAUAUAUGUCCCUGCUCAGUGAGUGUUUACUUCAGACAAUAUGAACAAAUGUUAUUAGUUAUGAUUUUGCUGCGAAAAAUACCGAAAUGUAUGUAUGGUCUGGAUUCAGAUUCGGAUUAAUAUUCUAUUUAUAUUCUAUUUAUGAAUUUCCUCUUAUGCUUUAAUGACUGAAGCACAGUCAGUUACAACAACAACAGCCACAGGGAUUUGUCUAGACCUGCUCAGAUGCAAGUCUGAUGCAAAUGUCAGUACAGAUUCCCGAAUUGAAAUUUAAAAAUACAAGUUCAUGUUGAUAUAUACUUGUCAACUUUAUGUAGAGAUAUUCUGAGUGUGUUGGUGGAGAGUGAAUGUGUCUGCUAUUUUGGAGAUGUUGUCAACUAGUUUUUGAUAUUGCCAUGCUUCUCAGGCACUUUGUGGUUUCACUUCAAGUUAAAAUAAACAGUGCGAACUAGUGCCCCUUUCAAUAGUUGUACAGUAUAAUCAUAACUAAGGUGAUGGCUUAGUCAGGGUGACAUGUAUUUCACAUUUAACAAGACCAAUAGCGAGGUAGAUGCCUUUCCACUUACAUAGACAUCAUUGCAAUGUUAAAAUACUAUGUUAAAACUCCUCUGAAAUUAAGGAAAUCCAAAUUUUGAACAAAAUAACAUUUUUUCCCACUUUGUCCACAAAACUGGGGGUGCAGGGGACAAGGUCUGGGGUUCGAUCCCCGGUCGCGUCAUACCAAAAGACGUUAAAAGAUGCCUGGCGCUCUGUAUUAAGGGGCUAAAACAGGGACUGGUCGGCUCUGACUCAAUAUACUG